CCGAAUGCUACUUCCGGAGGUGUAAAGAGGUGUGUUCCGUCCUAGCCGUUUGAUUGGUUUGGUCAAGGUCGUUAUACCCGAGGAAUAUUCCUAAUUUGUAAACAAAAACAACAUACACACACGUUUUCACCAAAGAUUAUCUAAGGAAUAAUGUGGAGGCAAAAAUCGCACACAUUAUGGCAACAUUUGAACCAACCAUCAGUGUCAUUUGGGCACCAAUGUGUGCGACGUAUCAGUGGCAGUGAAGAGCCUGUGCUGGCCAUACGCAGGGAGACAGUCAAUGUUUGGGAGCGUCGGGCACCCCUCGCUCCAACUCAAGUGCAGAAACUUGUCAAACAUGGUGUCAAGGUCAUUGUUCAACCAUCCAAUAGGAGAGCUUAUAGCAUGCAGGAAUAUUCGGACAGAGGGGCAAUUAUCCAGGAGGACAUAUCAGAGGCAUCUGUGAUUAUCGGCGUGAAGCAAGUUCCGGAGGACCUGCUCAUUCCAGAUAAGACAUUCUGCUUCUUCUCCCACGUAAUCAAGGCACAGAAGGACAACAUGCCACUGCUUGACGCCAUACUUGAGAAGAAUGUUCGUUUGAUUGACUAUGAGAAGAUGAUGGACCCUGCUGGUCAGCGAGUGGUGGCCUUUGGGAAAUAUGCAGGCGUGGUCGGCAUGAUCAACAUCCUACAUGGCAUGGGGCUCCGUCUUCUUGCACUCGGGCACCACACACCCUUCAUGCACAUAGGUCCAAGCCACAACUAUCGGAACAGUGAGGCCGCCAGGCAGGCAGUAAGAGAUGCAGGAUACGAGAUUGCCCUCGGCAGAAUGCCCAAGUCCAUUGGUCCUCUCACUUUCAUUUUCACAGGCUCUGGAAAUGUGUCCAAGGGAGCCCAGGAGGUAUUCCAGGAAUUGCCCCACGAGUACAUUGAGCCAGACCACCUGCCCAAGGUCGUCAAGAAAGGAUCAAUGAAGAAGGUGUAUGGCUGCGUGGUGAGUCGAGAUGACCACUACGUCCGUAUCGAGGGAGGCAAGUUCAACGCAGAGGAGUUUGAGAAUUAUCCUGAAAGAUACAUCUCAAUUUUCAGCCAUAAGGUUGCCCAAUACUCAUCAUGUAUCAUCAACGGGAUCUACUGGGCCCCAAACUCCCCCCGCCUGCUCACCAUACCUGACGCAAAGACACUUCUGAAGGCCCAGGCCUUCCCAUGGUUACCGUCCAGUAUGGGGUGCCCUCAGCUGCCCCAUCGCCUCAUCUCCCUCUGUGAUAUCUCUGCUGAUCCCGGUGGCUCCAUAGAAUUCAUGAAGGAUUGUACAACCAUUGACAAACCCUUCUGUCUGUAUGACGCGGAGCUUAAUCAAGAAACUGAAAGUUUCAAGGGUGACGGUGUGCUGAUCUGCUCCAUAGACAACAUGCCAGCACAGAUGCCCCGAGAGGCAACGGAGUACUUCGGCAGUCUCCUUCUCCCAUACAUUCCUGAAAUUCUGAAAUCUGAUGCUGUGUCCUCUUUUGAAGACUAUGAUGCUAAUCCGACUGUGAGAAAUGCUGUGAUAGCCUCCAAUGGCGAGCUGACCCCAAACUUCCAAUACAUUUCAGAAAUGAGAAAGAAAAGCACGUCAGCCCACAAGGCCUCAAUACAACCAGGCCAGAAACGUGUGCUGGUGCUUGGUGCGGGCUACGUGGCUGGGCCCGCCGUGGAGUAUCUUUCCCGUGAUAAGGAUGUGCAGGUCACAGUUGCUUCCAUGAUGAAGGAGGAGUUGGACCAUAUAGAGGGCCGAUGCCCGAACGCAGACAUGGUGAUGUUGGAUGUUGGACGACGACCAGAUGAGCUGGAACGACUUGUGCCUGACUACGACAUUGUUGUCAGUCUGCUACCAUACUCUAUGCAUCCAGACAUUGCCAAAAUGUGCAUAAAGCACAAGAAAAACAUGGUCACCGCCAGCUACGUGUCUCCAGCUAUGAGGGAAUUACAUCAGGCGGCAUUGGAUGCGAAUGUGACUAUCGUAAAUGAAGUUGGUGUGGACCCGGGGAUUGACCACAUGUUGGCCAUGCAGUGCUUCGAUGAGGUCAAGCAUGCUGGUGGAAAGAUCAGCUCGUAUGUGUCAUACUGUGGAGGGUUACCGGCCCCGGAAAACUCCAACACCCCACUCAGAUACAAGUUCAGCUGGUAUCCCAAAGGUGUUUUGAUGAACUGCCUCAGUGGAGCAAAAUAUCUCAAGGACGGAAAGGUGAUAGAAGUUGCCAAUAAUGGGGGGCUCUUGGACGCCGUGGAGCCCCUGGAGUUUAUGCCAGGCUUCAAUCUGGAGGGCUUUCCCAAUAGGGACUCCACGAUCUACACGGAUGAGUAUGGCAUCAGGGAUGCACACACAUGCAUACGGGGAACAAUAAGAUACAAGGGCUUUUCGAAUGUUGCUAGAGGUCUUCUGGACCUGGGGCUGCUCAGUGAUGUGGAGCAACCCGAACUUCAUCCGAAUGGGCCCGAGAAAACAUGGCGUCAGUAUUUCUGCCGUAAAUUUGGAAAAUCCUCCGACCUUUUGGAGGACACGUUGAAGGAUCUCAUGUUUGAGGCUGUUGGGGAGAACGAACAGAGGCUUGAUGCCAUCAUCAGGAUGGGCCUCCUGCAGGAUGAGUUGAUUGACAAGCGAGGAACUCCAAUAGACACCCUCUCGUACUACCUCUCCAAGAGACUUGCAUUCGGUCCGGAGGAGAGGGACAUGAUCCUGAUGCAGCAUGACAUCGGUGUCCAGUGGUUUGACGGCUCUAGUGAGAGGCGAUGGGUCAGCCUGGUUGUGUAUGGGGACAAUGAACCCAAUGGAUACUCUGCCAUGGCCAAGACUGUCGGUCUACCCACCGGCAUUGCCACAAAGAUGGUUCUCAGUGGUGAGAUUCAGAAGAAGGGCAUGUUAAUUCCCCUGACCAGCGACAUAUAUCAGCCCAUCCUGCAGAGGCUGAAGAAGGAGGGCAUUGUUUCCAUGGAAUCUAUCUAAGCCAUGUAACCAGGGGGCGUGGCACAUUGCAGGAGAAAAGGGGGGACAGUGGCUUCUGGAGUAAUAAAUAUAAAUGUGUCUAUUAUAUGACAAUGAAAGAUGAUUUUUAUAUCUAUGACAACUUAUGGUGUUUUUUUUCUUGUCAAAGAGAAGUCCAGUUGAGUGCUGUGAUUAUUGUAGGUACUAAUAUUUACUUGGUUUACUUGUUUUAAAUGAAAUAAUCCUUCAUAAAGAUUGAAUGUAUUGAAUCUCAAUCUAAUGAUAAGGUUUUUCCUAUUGUUUUUUUCCCAUAUAAUUGGUCAUUAAUACUCAUUAUAAACUGAUGAUGAACUUUAUUGCUGUAUGAUAAACGACCAAUUGCUUUCAUAUAUUUGCAAAUAUAAUCCCUUUGUGUUAUUUGAUAUCUAUGGCUAUUUUUUUUAUUAAGAUUGUCUUUGUUUGUAAGGUCUGUUAAAGUUAAAAUCUAGAUAAAUUCCAAUGUUGGGAUUCUUAUUGAGAAAUAAUGUUGUUAAUACAAGUACCAAAGUGCUUACAGGCUAAUUAUAACAUGUUUUGGUCAAUUAUGACAUUAUGUUUUAUUGAUGGAAAAGGGGUAAGAUCACCAAGGUGCUUUUUGAUCCUCUCAUUCUCACCCCACCCACAAAAAAUUUGAAAUUUUCGAAAAAUAUGGUAAAAAUAAGAUAUAAGCCUUAAGUUAUCAAAGACAAACAAUAUUAUUAUCUCUUUGAAAAACAAUCCAGAAAAACAGAUUAAGAAAUGGCAUUUUGUGAUUGUUCAUGAGUUUGAAAACUGAUGUGUUGUGUUCACCAGCUUUCAUUGUUUGCAAAUGUUAAGUGUCUCUUGUUUGGUGAAGUAGAAAACAUUUGGUAUAUAUUUAUAUUAUAAUUACGAGGCUCAUAUUUGAUCAUAACAUUGAUGUCAAGCACUCUUUUUUUCUUAUCUUUUGCAAAUCUGGUGGGUUGAAAAUGAACCGUUGUGAGCCUACCCCUUUAGCCAGUGUAUUUUCUGAUGUGACAUGCUUGUGAAGCUUUGAAGUUACACAUAUCAUUACAUUGAUGUAGAUGGUUUUUAUCAACAUCCAUCAUAACUUAGUAUUGCCAAAACUCAUUAGAGGCAUUUGCAUCGCUUGGCCAUGACGACAUGCAUUUAAAAUACUCUGUAUUUGACAAAGAUUAUUCCCUGCAAACUUUAUUAAAUAAAUUUAUACAUAUUAUGCCCAAUAACCAAGACAAAAAGUUAUACUGUGAUUGUUACAUAUAUACUUUACCUUUAUAUGUUUUUCUCUUUAUAAUGCACGUUUCCUAGUCGACAUAUCACUCGUUUUUUACAUAGCCUAUUAGGCUCAGCUAUCUGGAAUCUCAUGUUUACGCUAGUUGAUUGUUGAAUGUUAUACAUUCGUUUGUAUACUAUGUGUUUCAUGUUUGGUAAGUAUUUUUGAUUUCCUUUUAUGUCUUUGGCUGUCCAAAGCUGGUAAUUUUUUGAAUUUUCUUUUUCGUUAUUAUAUUGGUUUACCAUUAUAUUUUUUGCAUGGAAUACAUUUUGAAUAAGUUCUUUAAUCAUAUGAUAUCGAAGGAAGGUAAAAUUUUACUAUGAUUAUAAAGCAAUUUUGAUAUUAACAUUAAGCCCUUGGUUAAAAAUAUUGAAACUUAACAUUUUGUAACUUUUAAAUGAAACUUGACCAGUAGCAUUUGUUUGUGCUGAUGAUGGAUGGACUACCUUAAAUGUUGAAAAUGUAUUCCAGUUAAAGUGAGUUUAACAAAGAGAUUUUUUUCAUUUGAGUCUUUUUGUGAAGAUGCAUGAUAGUUAAGACUUUAUAAUCUUUCAACUUUUAUUAUUUUUGGUAGUGACGAAAGAUAGAAGCAUGAAACAAGCUUGUAGGUGUCAUUGUGUAAUGCAUCAUAUUAUGUGUUAUAGUAGAUUACUUAAAUCUGGAGUUGCACCAUUGGCAAGAUGGUUACAUGUACAUCAGCUAAGAUGCCAGUAGCAUGCACCAUUGGCAAGAUGGCUACAUGCACAUCAGCUAAGAUGCCAGUAGCAUGCACCAUUGCCAAGAUGGCUACAUGUACAUUACCUAAGAUGCCAGCAGAGUUGGCCAUUGCCAAGAUGGCUACAUGUACAUCAGCUAAGAUGCCAGUAGCAUGCACCAUUGGCAAGAUGGCUACAUGUACAUCAGCUAAGAUGCCAGUAGCAUGCACCAUUGCCAAGAUGGCUACAUGUACAUUACCUAAGAUGCCAGCAGAGUGGUCCAUUGCCAAGAUUGCGCUACAUGUACUUUACCUCAUGCACAUAUCCUUCUAUAUAUCUAAAAAUACAGUUUGUCAUGCUAAACAAUCUAUAUUAUGCUACUGCAAUUUUCAAAAACUGUGUCAGCUUAGUCUCAUGUGUGGAAUGCUGCCUUUGAUACACUGAUACUGAAGAAUUUUAUGAUGUUUACUUAAUAGGUAAGGAAAUAUGUUUUGAAGAAACAUUCUGUACUUCAAAAAUAUUUUAUUAACAUUAUUGCUUUAAAAUUAGUUUGACCUUGUUCAACUCUUAUGAAGUAAUGGAUCCUCUGGUUGUUACAAAAACUUGUUGAUGCCCACUUUAUUACAUACAAAAAAAUGACUUCCUUAAUAUUUAUAAAAUCUAAGCGUUGAAUUUUGCCUUUUCUGAUUCAAUGUCUUGUUCACUUUUUUUUGAUUGUAUUGUUUUCAUGAUUGUUUGAUAUGAUUUCUUUUUAGAGGAGUAACCGCUCAUUAUACAUCUUGUAGUUGAGUUUUAAAUACAUGUACAUGUCAUGUACCGUUUGUUGAAUAUAUGAAUUAAAGUU